UGCUCCAGACAGGUUCGGUACACACACAGAGUGAUGAAGAAGUGGCCGAGUGAAAGGCGACAGUUAUCUUUCCAGGAGAGCCGUGUGGGUUUGUUGUGCGACUCGGGAAGCUCAGCGGCGCACUGAGAGAAGCGCAGAGUCUUCAGCCAGUCUUUAUCUAUGAAGUACAGACUCCCAGACACACAGCAACAUGAGGAAACCCAAAGUCAACCGCAUGGUGCUUGCUAUGUGCCUGGGCUCCUUCAUUAUGCUCAUAUUUUACUUUCAGACUUACUUGAAACCAGGUGAGUCACAGGACAGUGGGCAGGCUAGAGGACCCAGGAAGUCUGUGAGGAGUCCACUCCAAGCCCUUUAUACUACUGACCCCACGGAAUUGUCUCCACUUCAGCUGAUGCAUCAAAGACGGCGUGACCUCCUGGAGGAUGUGUGCCACUCUUACACUCACAAACGUCGUGUCCUGAUCCCAGAGGACCUUAAGCACCUGAUCGUGGAUGAUCGCCAUGGUCUGCUUUACUGCUACGUGCCCAAAGUCGCUUGUACAAAUUGGAAGCGCGUUCUGAUGGUCCUGACAAGUGAUUCUCAAAGAGACCCCCUUCAGAUUCCGGCCAAUGAGGCGCAUGUCCCAGGCACCUUGCGCACACUAUCCGAGUACUCCAUCUCUGAAAUCAACCAGCGUCUGCGCACCUACUUAAAGUUUGUGUUUGUACGUGAACCCUUCGAGCGGCUUGUGUCAGCGUACCGCAACAAGUUCACACGCAGCUACAACACAGCCUUUCACAAGCGCUAUGGCACCAAGAUAAUCCAGCGGCACCGUGCUGAGGCAAGUCCCGAGGCGCUAGAGCGUGGAGAUGAUGUUUCAUUCUCCGAGUUUGUGCGCUACCUGGUGGAUCCAGGCACACAGCGUGAAGAGCCCUUCAACGAGCACUGGGAGCGUGUGUACUCUCUCUGUCACCCCUGCCUCAUACACUACAACAUUCUAGGCAAGUACGAGACGCUGCAGCAGGACUCCAGCUACGUGCUCAAACUGGCCGGUGUCGACGGCAAGGUCACGUUUCCCAACUCGGCCAAAAGCACGCGCACCACAGCAGACAUGGUCACCAGCUACUUUAAGGAUAUCAGCUCAGCCUAUCAGAAAAAGCUGUACAAUCUCUACAAGAUGGACUUUCUACUUUUUAAUUAUUCCAUGCCUGCCUACCUGAAGUUCACAUAAGGCCUGGUGCCUUUUACGAAUAUUUAGACACUUAAAAAAAGUUUUAUUUUCAUUCACACAAGUUCAUCUGUGAGUACUGAAACUGUUUCAGUGGUUAUUGUAUGGUAUGUUUAUUGCUGAAUGCAGUGGAACUGCAGCAGUUAUCAAUU